GGUUAUGAACCGGAUUUAAAAAAUUCAAACGUUCACGACGCCGUCACUAACCCGCGAAUAAGGCUUGUCCACAAUUACCUUAUAAUUAAUCUGUUUUUUACCACAUCACCGGUGUUAUCAUUGGCUUACCGUAAUCUGCAAUAAACCACAUUUAGUUCGUCGUACGAGCUUGACAGCUCAAACCGUUUGUUAACCACAAUGUCAUGAAUUUUUUGAAAGUGAAGUUAGUUACGUUAUCGUAAUGAAACAUUAACGGAAAAUUUGUCAUUUUCCAAUUUCAGAAUCACUGUGAUGAAAUUAAAUUUGAACUGUAUGAGCUCGUUUUGCUUGAUUAUGGUUUACUGAAUUUUAUAGAAUUCUCAAGUUACGAAAUAACGAUUUUUUUUCAACAUUCAUCGUUACAAUAAUGUUACUAACUUCGACAUGAUUGAAUUUUGAAAUUAUAAAAAUUCUACGGUUAUUAACUUGAAUUCAAACACAGACCAUCACUGUCGUCAGCUUCAUCAGUAUCGAGAUCAAGCGCUACACCCUCAAAGGUGAUCAUCUAUCUACAUGGACCAAUUAUUUAAACAUGUUAGUCCUACAAGAACGUUGGUGAAUCUUCGCGCAAAAAGUGGCACUAAAGCGCUCCAAGAGAUCAGAUUCUUACAGAAGACGACAAAGCUACUGAUUCCAAAGUUACCAUUUGCUAGAUUAGUUAGAGAAAUUAUGUUGGAUUUGUUCCCUCGAUUGGAAAUUAACAGAAUACAAGCAAAAGCUCUCGAGGCACUUCAAGAGGCGUCAGAAAUGUAUUUGGUGCAAUUUUUUGAAGACGCAAUACUACUGUCACUCCAUGCCAAACGUGUAACACUGUUUCCAACGGAUAUGCGAUUAGUGAGAAGACUGAGGGGACGGCAUGACAUUGUAAACAGAUGAAUAUAAUUUUAAUUCCAUACGUACUUGACUGUAAAUUGUACUUUACUUUCAUCGAAAAUGAUUUAAUUUUCGUGUGCGUAUUAACUGAACAAAUGGUCACAGCCAUGCUUAAAUAUAUUUUAGAACUAAUUUUCAUAAAGUGUUUAAAACUCGGCGUUUUUUGAAAUCGUUUAUAUUAAGGCUGUUACAAAAUGAUACAUGUAAUAGCCAGCUAGCUAAAAACUCACUGGAAUAUUAGAUGAUCCUUACACAGAUAAUAUAUAUAAGGAUCAUCAAAUAUUCCAGUAAGUUUUUGGACAGCAUUAAUGAAUAUUCUAUUUCACUUUCAUCUGUAGGUUGUUUCAUCAACUUACUAAAUUCUAGUUUUUUUGUGUCACAGAUGAAUAGACAUAACUGAAAACGAAAUUGAACUAAACAUCAAGUUCAUUUUAAAGCAUAUGACUAUUCCUUUAAGAUUCCAAAGUCUCGAAACUUUGGGGUAUAUUAUACAACGGUCUUAAGGAAUAUUUAUUUUUAUGUUAUUAUAUAUUAUAAUAAAUCGUACUUCAAGCUGUGCAACACACACGCUGUCGUACAAAUUUGUCAAAACAAUAAUAUUGUAGUAGGUAUCAAUCACAUGUAAACGUUGUACGUGAUUCAAAUUGAAGGAGACUUCAUUCGAAAGAUGUUGAACAAUAAUUGUAUUUUUGCGAAUAAAAAUUUCUUUACGAGAAACAUUG